UCCUGGCGGUUAUUUCAUCUGUUCUUGGCUGAGUCCCCUGGAUCAGAGGUUCCAGAGCAGUCGUACCCGAGGUGGCGGGAGAGAAAGCGUGAUCCCCCUGCACAAAGGAGGGUCUCAGGUGCGUCAGGGCUGGGUUCGACGGAGCUCGGGUCUCCGCCCUUGUCCACCGCCGCCGGUUUUGUUGGAGGCGGCUAUGCCGUCGGACUGACGCAGGGAUCGGUGACCUUUGAGGGUGUGGCCAUGACUUUGACCUCGAGUUCCUGGCCAAGAAGAUCUAGCCCAAAGGACCCUAUACCAGGAGGUGAUGCUGCAGAGCUGGAAGACCUGCUUUGUUGGGUUUCUGCCCUCCUGCUGGCCACCGCCAACACAAGUCAUCAUGUCUCUGGGUCACAUGAGUGAGCACUGCAAGCCUGAGGAAGACCCCCACGCCCCCACAGAGGCACAGGGCCUGGAAGGUGUGCAGGAUCCCAUGGUGGAGAAGGGAGAGGCCACAGCCACCACUACUCCCUCCCUGACCUCCCCAUCUGCCCCCUCCCCCAUCACCCCUUUGAUCCUGGGCACCCCAGAGGAAGUGCCUGCCACUGGGGCACUGGGUCCACUCCCGAGUUCCAAGAUAGUCUGCUUCUCACCCACUGCUGCCCCAGCAAUGCCACGGAGUCAAUCUGCUGAGAGUUCCAGAAGGGAAGAAGAGGAGGGGGCCUGUAUCUCCCAGGAUCCAGCCGAUCCUGAGUCCUUGCUCCGUGAGGAGCUAAACAAGAAGAUGGCCGAAUUGGUGCAGUUCCUGACCGUCAAAUACGUAACAAAGGAGCCCAUCACAGAGGCAGAAAUGCUGACGAAUGUCAUCAAAGAGCACAAGGACCACUUCCCUCUGAUCUUCAGCAAGGUCUCUGAGUGCAUGGAGAUUGUCUUUGGCAUUGAGGUGAAGGAAGUGGACCCCAGCAGCCACUCCUACGUGCUUGUCAGAACACUAGACCUCACCUACGACGGGAUGCUGCGUGAUGAUGACCAGAGCAUGCCCAAGACCGGCCUCCUGAUCUUUAUCCUGGGUGUGAUCUUCAUGGAGGGCAACCGUGCCUCGGAGGAGAAAGUCUGGGAAGUGCUGAGUAUGAUGGGGGUCUAUGCCGGGCGGGAGGAUUUCAUCUACGGGGAGCCCAGGAAGCUCAUCACCGAAGAUCUGGUGAAGGAACAGUAUCUAGUGUACCAGGAGGUGCCCGAUAGUGAUCCUCCACGCUACGAAUUCCUGUGGGGUCCCAGGGCCUACGCUGAAACCAGCAAGAUGAAAGUCCUGAAGUUCUUUGCCAAGAUCAGUGGGACUGACCCCACUUCCUUACCAUUCUGGUAUGAGGAAGCUUUGCAAGAUGAGAAAGAGAGAGGCCAGGCCGGAGCUGCGGCAGGAGAUGGUGCUACUUCCACGGCCAGUGGAAGUUCCAGCGUCACGUCCGCAGCCUCCCCUGCCCUGAGUGAAGCCUGAAGCAGAUUUUUCAGGCUGCAUUUGAAGACAACAGCCAGUGUUCGAGGGAGGGCCAGGGUGGAUCCAGGAGGAACAGUGUAUAGCAAGCAUCUCUGUUGUACAAGGGUGAUUUCGAGAUUUAUCUCUGCUUUUUUUCUUUUUGCUUCCCCCCCCAAUAUCGUUUAAUAAACUUUAAUUAGCUGCAGAAUUUAAGUGUAUGAAUGGCAAUGGUCACACAUUUAUAGCUGUUUAAUCACAUUUAAGAAUAAGAGUUUCACAAUUUUGCAAAACACGUUAAGAACCUCCCCUCAUCUUUUUUCUUGUAAUCUGGAACAAGAUAACACGGCAUUACAAUAGGAAUUUUCCAGGAGUUCCCAUUAUGGCUCAGUGGGUUA